AUGACCACUGUUUACGCUUCAAACUUUCAAGAAAAUUCGCGACUAGAUGAGGAUACACAUCAGCGUGGUGAAAAUGCAAUUGAUUCAGAGACAAAACUGCCAGAUCAACUAGGCUAUGAGGAUAAAGAUGAUACAUCUGCUUCCAAUAGAAAGCUAAGGAAAAGAAAGUCACCCGAACAGGAUGGACAUGCAGAGAAAGAUAACAUAAAGCCUGAGUCGCCAACAGAAGAGGAAAAAGCAGCCAAGAGAAAGAAAUUAGACGAUGAAAAAGCAGCUUUGAAAAAGAAACAAGAGGAAGAGAAGGAAUUGAAAAGGCGGCAAGCGGAGGAGGAAAAAUUAGCCAAGAAGAAACAACUUGAAGAGGAGAAAGAAGCUAAACGUAAGAAACUUGAAGAGGAGAAAGAAGCUAAACGUAAGAAACUCGAAGAGGAGAAGGAAGCUAAACGUAAGAAACUUGAAGAGGAGAAGGAAGCAAAACGGAAAAAACUUGAAGAGGAGAAGGAAGCUAAACGUAAGAAACUCGAAGAGGAGAAGGAAGCUAAACGUAAGAAACUCGAAGAGGAGAAGGAAGCUAAACGUAGGAAACUUGAAGAAGAAAAGUUGGAAAGGGAACGAAAGAAAGAAGAAGAAAAGUUAGAGAAAGAACGGAAAAGAAAAGAAGAACAAUUGCAACGAGAGCAGAAGAAGCAAGCCGAAUUACAAGAAAAGGAGCGAAGGCGAGAGGAACGCGAAAAGGAAAGACUUGAAAAGAAGCUCAAGAUUGAAGAGGAAAAGAGGGCAAAGGAACUUGAAAGACAAAAAGCUGAAGAGGAAAAACGCAAGGCUGAAGAGGCGAAAGAACGAAGUCAAAUGAGGAUCUCGAGUUUCUUCCAGGCUGGUCCUGCAAAGAAAACCGACGUGAAGCUCGAGGAGAAACAAGUUGAAUCAGAUUAUGAGUCUUUGUUUCUACCCUUUUUCGUUCAAAAGAAUGUGACCUUGAAAACACUUGGCAUUGUUGCUGAUGCUACUGAGGCAUCCAAGAAAGAAUUGGAUUUAAUGAUACUGAAUCAAGGAAAAGAAAAUGAAUCAAAGUUCAAGUCAUUUUUGCAAAAAAGCAAACUAUCGAUUCCAGUUCAUCGCGUGCCAACUACACCCGAGUCUAUAUUAAGCGCACUAAAUCUGCCCUCGACUACUGAGCAGCAGAUCAUCAAGUUGAUUGAAAGUCUAGAUCCUAUCAAAUUUAUUAGUUUCUAUGAAAAUUCUAAACCACCAUAUACAGGGACCUGGACUUCUACAAAGCACCAAAGCCAGCUUCUUCCGAUCUUGUCAAAUCCAUUGGACGCGUGUACUACUGGAUUGGAUUAUGAUUACGACUCUGAUCUCGAAUGGAACGAGGAAGAUAAAGAUGGAGAUGAUAUUGAUGAUGAAGAUGAAGAUGAAGACGAUGGGGUUGGUCUCCUACUGGAUGAAGAAGAUGACGAAUUUAUCGAAAAUGAUCAGCAGGAUAAUAAGAAAAGAAAUUGGAACUUGAAGCAAUUGGUGGUGGUGAAUAAAUGGAACGAUGAGAAUGAGGAAACCUUUUUCCAGGGCUACUCCACAGUACACCUAGUUUCUGAAGACAAAGUGACAUUGAGAACGAUACAACAUUAA